AUCAACUUGAUAUUCUUCUACCAAUUUUCAAUUUUUUUUCUCUUUUAGCAAACAUAAUAUCUCUAUAUAUAGCUUCGUGGAAGGUCCAAUUUUCUCAACAACAAAUCAAACCUCAAAUUCACUUCAAAAAAUUUUGUAGCCUUAAGCUUCACAAUUUCUUUCCUCUUCACUAAAACCUAUAUACAUACCUUGGCAUUUGGCCAAACUAUACUCAUUAAUUCUUGAAGUUAUUUAAACAUGGAUAUGGUGAUGAAGUUGGGAACAUCAAGCCCGGUGGUGAUUUUCACCAAGAGUAGUUGUUGCAUUUCUCACAGCAUUGAAACACUAAUCCGUAGUUUUGGAGCAAACCCUAUAAUUUACGAGCUCGAUACACAUCCAAAUGGGAAGCAAAUGGAGAAGGCAUUGAUGGAACUAGGGUGUCAUCCAAGUGUGCCAGCAAUAUUUAUAGGGAAAGAGUUAGUUGGUGGUGCUAAUGAGAUAAUGAGCCUUAAUGUGAGGGGAAAGCUUAAACAAUUGCUCAUUAGGGCUAAUGCCAUUUGGGUAUAGGGAAUUAAUUAAUUAAUUAAUAAUGACCAGCUAUGUAUAUAGCAAUUAGUCUAAUAAUUAGAGUUUUGAUAAUA